UGCUUCCUUCUCGUUCUCGUGUGUUUUGCGCAGGAGCACUUGCAAGGAAUGAACAGCAUUGAAGAAUUUUCGCGGCCUUAGGAGUGGACUUCACACGCUGAACUUCUGGCCUUUGUGGAUAGCUAGCUCUACAGCUUUGGGUCAGUGUUACCUGCAUUCCCGAGUCAUCAAAGGUCCCAUUGGUGCUAUGUGGAAAUAGAACUGCUGAUAAGGUGAAGCCGUGCUGUAGGUGUUCUCAUGAACGUUCCCAUGCGGCAGCUCUGACUGAUGCUUUGCCUCUCCGAAUGAGAGAACCUGAAGGACCAGCCGUCUAAGAGUGUUGCAGAGUAACCAACCAAAAACCAUGGCAUAUUCCAUUUAUGGCAGCCUUAACCGCGCUCAGCUCACCUUCGAGUACCUGCACACUAACUCGACAACUCACGAGUUCCUUUUUGGAGCAUUGGCUGAGCUUGUUGACAACUCAAGGGAUGCAAAUGCCACAAGAAUCGACAUAUACACAGAGAAGAGGCCGGAGCUGAGAGGAGGCUUCAUGCUCUGCUUCCUAGAUGAUGGAACAGGAAUGGACCCAGGUGAAGCCACACACGUCAUACAGUUUGGCAAAUCCAGCAAGAGGUUUCCCGAGUCCACCCACAUAGGCCAAUACGGAAACGGUCUCAAAUCGGGCUCCAUGCGUAUGGGAAAGGAUUUCAUCCUCUUCACCAAGAAGGAGGGCAAACUCUCCUGCCUCUUUUUGUCCCGCACAUUUCACGAAGAGGAAGGCUUGGAUGAGGUCAUUGUUCCGCUGCCAAGCUGGGAUGCCCAAACUAAGCAGCCGCUUACUCAAGACCCCGAGAAGUUUGCCAUCGAAACAGAGCUGAUCUACAAAUACUCCCCUUUCAAAACAGAAGAGCAACUCUUCAGCCAGUUCAAGAAGAUUGAAGGGAAGAGUGGCACGUUGGUUGUGAUUUAUAACUUGAAGCUGAUGGACACCGGGGAUACGGAGCUGGACGUCCAGACAGACCACCAGGACAUCAUCAUGGCCGGAGUGCCCUCCGAGGGAGUUAAGCCUGAGCGGCGGUCGUUCCGGGCGUAUGCUGCCGUGCUGUACAUUGACCCCCGCAUGAGGAUCUUCAUACAGGGACACAAAGUCAGGACGAAGAGGCUCUCCUGUUGCCUCUACAACCCUAGAGUGUACAAAUACACAUCAACGCGUUUCAAGACGCGUGCGGAGCAGGAGGUGAAGAAGGCUGAUCAUCUUGCGAAGAUUGCUGAGGAGAAAGCCAGAGAAGCAGAGAGCAAAGCCAGGGCCUUGGAGGCCAAGCUGGGAAACGACCUGUCCAGAGAGGCCAGGGCGUCUCUACGUAAAGCUCAGGACACGGCUGGAGCGGUCCGCGCGGACGCCAACACCAAGAGAGCCAUCCACGCCUCGAAACAGAAAGCCCUGAAGGAGCCCAAAGAGCUGAACUUCAUCUUCGGCGUGAACAUCUCGCGGCGGGACCAGGACGGCAUGUUUGUCUACAACUGCAGUCGGCUCAUUAAGAUGUACGAGAAGACGGGGCCGCAGCUCGAAGGAGGCAUGGCGUGUGGCGGUGUGGUUGGUGUCGUGGACGUGCCCUAUCUAGUUUUGGAGCCCACUCACAACAAACAAGACUUUGCUGAUGCGAAGGAGUACCGGCAGCUCUUGCGAGCCAUGGGAGAGCAUCUGGCUCAGUACUGGAAGGACAUCGCUAUUGCUCAGAAAGGAAUCGUGAAGUUCUGGGACGAGUUUGGCUACCUGUCGGCUAAUUGGAACGCCCCUCCGGCCACCGACCAGCGGUACAAGAGGCGCCGGGCCAUGGAGAUCCCAGUCACCAUCCAGUGCGACAAAUGUCUGAAGUGGCGGACGCUGCCGUUCCAGAUGGAUGCGGUGGACAAGCGCUACCCCGACAGCUGGGUCUGUCUCAUGAACCCAGACGGAACGCAAGACAGGUGUGACGCCCCUGAGCAGAAGCAGAAUCUACCGGUGGGCAUUCUGAGGAAAGACAUCAAGACAGCUGAGGAGAAGCAGAAGGAGCUGACCGACAAAAUCCGCCAACAGCAGGAGAAACUGGAGACCUUACAGAAAACCUCCACAGUUAAGUCUGCUGCUGACGUGAGACAGCUCCCUCUGGAGGUCAGCAUCAAGCCGGCAGAGGAGCGCAAUGCACAGGGUACCCGCUCGUCUCAGCGUACCGCCACCACCCGGCCUCGCUCUCCCCCGCUGCCUGCCGUGGUCCAAAGGGCUGCCGCCGCUGCUGCCUCCAAGUCGUCCCCUCCAGCCCGCUCCACGCGGGGGGCCCCCCCACCUCCUCCAGCCAGGUCGAAACCUCCGCCCCCGCCUCCUGCGCCGGCCAGGCCCUCACCCAGGGCGGCCGCCAGGUUGCCCCCCAAGCCGGCCCCCACCCCCACCCCCAGCCCGUCCUCCAGAGCCGCCGCUGCUCGGAGGACGAGUCGAGUAGCCGCUUCCUCGUCCAAGUCCCCCAGCAGAACCCCAGUAAGAACGGCACCGAAACGAGGAGCAGCCACAGCCACAGCCACCCCGAAGGGCCGAGGAAAACAGAUGGAUGAUGAAGAUGAGGAGGAAGAGGAAUCAGAAGAAGAGGAGGAGGAAGAAGAAGAAGAAGAGGAGGAGGAGGAGGAGGAGGAAGAUGAAGAAGAGGAGGAGGAGGAAGAUGAGGAGGAGGAGGAGGAACCAGUACCCAAGAAAACCAAGAUGGCCGCUCCAAUGCAGAGGGGAGCCAAAGCUGUGGAGAAAGCCAAAGCACCGAACAAACAGGAGAUGGAGGUCAACAGCAGCAGUCUUGCUGAUGAAGGCGUCAAGAGAAGCGUGAAGGAUGCUCAGAAAGAUAAGGGCAUGCUGGUGGAGGCCAAGGUGAAUGGCGAGUGGUUCACUGGGAAGGUGGUCGGUGUGGAGACGAGCAAGGACACCGUACGCUGGAAGAUCAAGUUUGACUACGUGCCCAGGAACACGCCCAAAGACCGAUGGGUUUUUAAAGGGGGCGAUGACGUGCGUCUCAUGCGGCCCGCCUCCCCGGAGUCUCGCAGUCCGGACACCAAUCAGACGCCAGUGCGCUCUGUGACUCCUCCCACGGCGGCCGAGCCAGACACCACACAGAGUGGCCCGAGCAAGGAGACCACUGACGGUCUCGUCAACAUGACUAGAUCACUGCUACGGUAUUUUUUCCCUCCUGAUUUCCGAAUCGCUAAGGAGUCUCUGAACAAUAUGACCGCCGAAGACCUAGUGGCUUUCCCCACUACGGAGUAUUUCCAGCAGUAUGAGGUGGGCCUGCAGAAGCUGUGCAACUCUUACCAGAGCCGCGCAGAGUCCCGGGCCAAAGCCAACGAGGAGAAGAGCAGCAGCGCCGAGGUUAAACUGGCCGAGGCGGAGGAGAAACUUCGCAAGCUGCGCACCAACAUCGUGGCCCUGCUCCAGAAAGUCCAGGAGGACAUUGAGAUCAGCAGCGAUGAUGAGUUGGAUGCGUACAUCGAGGAUCUUGUCACCAAAGGGGAGUGAGGAGGCUUGAUCUCAGACCUACACCUGUUUUCCGCAUUCCCAUUCAUCUUCGUUUUUGUAAAUUCCAUACGUUCAGAAGUCGUCUUUUUUUUGUCCUUUAGCCUUUCUUUUAUCCCUAGUUAAAGACGGUGAGUGGGGAUGGGAACUCUGGUAUAUAUUUUUUUUUCUUCUACUGAAAAUGUAUUCACCUUUAUAGUACCUUAAAAAAACAUUCUUCCACGGAGCACUAACGCAAGAGACUGUAAACUCUGUCAGAAGAUUGAUCUCCUGGUGAUUUUGACCCUGCUAAAGGCACAUAAUAUGACAAAGUUCUAAGUCUGUUUUAUAUUUUUACGGUUUGUUCUUAAAACAUGUAUCAUAUGGCUUAUAUGGGAUUCACAAUAAAUCCUUUAAUCUGUGAAAUGAUGUUUAUACCAGUUCUCUUGAAACGUUUAAUUAAAGCCACAACUACAGUACAACAGGAGUCUGCCUCAAAAAAAAUAAAAGUCUCCAGCAAUA